CUGAAACGCAGUACGUCACUCGAUAGCGGCACGAGACGGUUGAGUUGUGGUAGGGAAAUUUUCAAAUCGUGAAGUAAAUAGUCUAGACGAAUUAGAUAUCAAUUUUAUCAAUAAGUUAAUCAAAUAUAUUAGUCUUAACAGUUCCUCGCGUACAACUACUCUGACUCUGUAGUGUACUCGACAAUCAUCGAAUAAUUUAAUUUUUAAGUAACAAGACAACCUUUUCACUUUUCUGACACUUCGCAGUACUACUCAGUCAGAUAUAGAAAUGGCAUCAAAAGUAGGACGGAGCCUUGCCCGUAUGUUUGGAUCCACCGCCACCAUCCCACCCACAAUUCAACCCAAGAGAUGUCCACCACAGUGGAAGCUGCCAGCCAACACCACAUCAGCCAGGAGGGGUAGCCAUGGUUACUAUGCUGAUAUGGAGAGUAAACCAAGGGUUCUCAUCACCGGAUCUUUAGGACAACUUGGCCCUGGUCUUGCUAAAAUUCUCAGAGAAAAAUUUGGACGUGACAAUGUGAUAAUGUCUGACAUCAACAAAGCAUCUGAAUCAGUUCUAGAAUCAGGCCCAUUUCUUUUUGCUGACGUCCUGGACAUAAGGUCACUGAGAGAGAUCUGCGUCAACUACGAGAUAGACUGGCUCAUCCACUAUGGGGCACUUCUCAGUGCUAUAGGCGAGGCCAAUGUGCCUCUAGCCAUGCAGGUCAACAUAGAGGGUCUACACAAUGUGCUGGAGGUGUCUCGUAUGUACAAGAUGAAGCUGUUCAUACCAAGCACAAUAGGUGCCUUUGGUCCAGACUCCCCCAGAAACCCAACCCCUGAUCUAACUAUACAAAGGCCAAGAACAAUUUAUGGUGUUAGCAAGGUGCAUGCAGAACUAAUGGGAGAGUACUACCACCAGAAGUUUGGGCUAGAUUUCAGGUGUCUGCGUUAUCCAGGUGUCAUCUCCACAGACCAGCCAGGUGGAGGGACUACAGAUUAUGCCCUGAAAAUGUUCCACGAUGCCCUGACCACUAAAGUCCACUACUGUUAUCUGAAACCUGACACCAGACUACCUAUGAUGUACAUUGAUGACCUUUUAACUGCCACUGCUGAUUUCAUGCAGAUCCCAGACAACAAACUGACCAUGAGGACAUACAACAUUGGCGCUGUGGACUUCACACCCGAGGAACUGGCCAAUGAGAUCAGAAAAUUUGUGCCAGAGUUGGAAGUUGUUUACAACCCAGAUCAUAGACAAGCAAUUGCUGACUCCUGGCCCCAGAGGUUUGACUACACCAACGCAGUCAAGGACUGGGGUUACCGACCUCUCUACACCAUGGAGGCCAUGUGUGAGGUCAUGGUCCAGUCCCUGAUGCCCAAGUACAAAACAAGAAGAGGGAAGAUGAUGGAGGAGGUCAAGGAGUGAAUCAUCUUGCGGCUACCAUCUUAUGAUGGUCAACUGUCAUCUAAACACACUUGGUUAAUGCUGGUCAACUGUCAUCUAAACACACUUGGUUAAUGCUGGUCAGCAGUCGUUUAAUUAGCUUUAAUUAAUGAUGGUCAGCAGUCAUCUAAAUACACUUUUUAAACUGGUCAGCAGUCGUUUAAUUAGAUUUUAUUAAUGAUGGUCAGCAGUCAUCUAAAUGCACUUUUUAAACUGGUCAGCAAUAAUUAAUUACGAGUUGUCAGCUAUCAUUGCUCAACCGCAAGAAAUUACACUUAAAGGCUGCGCUGGAUUGAAAAUUGAUCCACUUAGCUCUGGCUAGUUUAAAAUUAACAAAUCAAUUAACCAUUAUCAUAAGUACCGGUGAAGAAAAAAUAAUUUUUAAGACGAAACAUUUUUUAAAAUUCAGGUCAAAUUUGAACAAGUUUGACAAUGAUAGCAAAAGCAAACAAAAAAAUUUUUAAAGUUAAUUUUUACAAAAUUUUGCAUUUGAUCACAAUUAAUUUAUAUCAUGGCUUGAUCACUCAGUGCUUCACACUUUUAUCUCAAUGUUUUUGGUGAAGGGAAAAGUUUACCCACAGCUCGUGUGAAGUAAACAUUUUUUUCCGCUUCAGGUAGAAUUGUUUAAUGAGAUGAGAAUCUCGAUUAAUGCUGCAUGGUUUUGGGAACAUGUCCUGUCACCCCAUUACAGUAUUCAUCAACAUGCUUUUUUUAGUAUAAUUACUUUGCUUCAUAAUACACUGUAAUGGUAUGCUUUAUUUGUUUAGAAAUAUCGUUGGUAUUGUUUGAUAGCAAAAUUGUAAGAUGUGAUUGCUUAAAGAUAUCGCUUGUUUUGUUGGGUAACGGAAGUUGAAAUUUUAUAAAGAAGAGGAGGCAGUGUUGACGAGAAUCUCAUUGUUGAAGCAUAAAAGUGAUGCUAGCAAAAAUGUAUUUAUUCUAAGGAUAAUUGUUUGUUUUUAUUUUAAGAUGGGACCAUAUUGUAUGCACUUUUUAAAAUAGGACCAUAAAACAUAAACACAUUUUAAAUUGGGACCAUAAACUUUAAAAACUGGGACCAUAAAAUGUAAGGAAGCUUUUUAAAACUGGGAUCAUUGCAAUAAACAUAAGCAAACUUUAAGUUAACUUACUUAAAGGAGAAUAAAGUGAGCAUAAAUUCUAUAAAGUAUAAAGACAACAUAACAUAUACACAUUCUUUAAACUGAACCAUAAAACAUUUUAAAUACAGAACACAAGCUGCAUUGACAGUUAGGUCUAUGAGCUUGUGACAUUUUUGUCAUCGAGUUUGGUGUCACAUUUUAUGUGAGAUCUUCUAACACCCACAGCACAUACAAAUACAUGGCAUCUCCACAUGUCCAGCCUACAUAUAGAUAGUCUACAUGACCCCACUAAAUCUUUCUGUUUUUACACCUGACAUCAACAGAAGCCAAGAAUCUCUUAUUCCAAUUUUAAUAUUUUAUUGAUGAUUUUUUUGUGUGUUUAAAAAUAUUACAUGUAUUGUUGUAAUAUUAGUAAAGCACAUUACUUAGAAUUCUAGACAUUCUAAUAAACUGUUAA